AAGAAAAGAAAAAGAGAAGGCCAGUGGAGUGGAAUAAGGAAGGAGACGGUCAUGGUAGACUACUCGGCUUGUUAGGGUUUGAUUUCACCAUGAGAUGAACAAAUAAAGAAAUCCUUAAAGCUUGUUGGUCUCUUCUUAAUUGAAUAGAUGGAGUCAUUAUGUGUCAGAAAUUUCAAGGUGCAUUGGAAUUUGUUCUUCUGUUGUAUUCUUGUUAAUACAUUCUGAGGGAGUACUUAGCUAUGGGUGAUGGGUUAAGGAGGGUGUGGAUUGUGGUAUUGUUGAACUGUAUUGUAUUGGCUUGUGGCGUUACAGAUCCCAAUGACUUGAAUAUCUUGAUUGAUUUCAAGAAUGGUCUGGAAAACCCUGAGCUUCUCAAAUGGCCAGACAAAGGAGAUGAUCCUUGCGGUGAACCUUUGUGGCCUCACAUCUUCUGUGCCAAUGGCAGUGUCACGCAGAUACAGGUUCAAAAUUUGGGGCUAAAGGGACCUCUUCCUCAAAACUUUAACAGCCUCAAGAAACUCUACAACAUUGGCUUGCAGAGGAACCAUUUCAAUGGAAAAUUGCCCACUUUUCGAGGUUUGUCAGAGUUGCAAUACGCUUACUUGGAUUACAAUGAGUUUGAUACUAUUCCAUCAGAUUUCUUUGUUGGACUAAGCAGUUUACUUGUAUUGGCUUUGGAUUAUAACCCAUUGAACCAGACUACUGGAUGGUCUAUUCCUAGUGAAUUGGGAGAUUCAGCACAAUUGACCAAUCUUUCUAUGAUGAAUUGUAAUAUGGUUGGUCCAGUGCCAGAUUUCUUAGGGAAGUUGUCAUCUCUAAAUGCCCUGAAGCUUUCGUAUAAUAGAUUGUCUGGUGAUAUUCCAGAAAGUUUUGGGCAGUCCUUAAUGCAAAUUCUGUGGUUGAAUGAUCAAGAUGGUGGCGGGAUGAGUGGUCCAAUAGAUGUUAUUGCAAAUAUGUCUUCGUUGACACAGCUAUGGCUCCAUGGAAAUCAGUUUACAGGCACAAUUCCGGUAAAUAUUGGGGCUUUAUCUUCUUUGAAAGAUCUCAAUCUCAAUAAGAACCAACUGGUUGGUCUGAUUCCUCAGAGCUUGGCUGAUAUGGAGCUGGACAGCUUGGACUUGAACAAUAAUCAUUUAAUGGGUCCAAUACCAAAGUUUAAGGCUGGUGUUGUUUCCUAUGAUUCUAACUCAUUUUGUCAACUUAAACCUGGUGUAUCAUGUUCCCCUGAGGCUACUUCUCUGUUAGAUUUUCUCGGUGGUAUGAAUUACCCAUUAAAUCUUGCUUCUCAAUGGUCUGGUAAUGAUCCAUGUGAAGGACCAUGGUUGGGAGUGAGUUGCAAUUCUAAAUUGGAGGUUUCUAGUAUAAAUCUGCCCAGGUAUAAUCUUUCUGGUAGACUCAGCCCUUCAAUUGGAGAGUUGCUUUCGCUGGUUGAGAUUAGGCUUGGCGAAAACAAUGUAAGUGGAACAGUUCCUCAGAAUUUAACGGAAUUGAACUCUUUGAGAUUGCUGGAUCUAAGUUCAAACAAUUUGGAACCUCCACUUCCCACGUUCCAAGAGAGUGUGAAGGUCCUUAUUGAGGGGAAUCCCUUAUUUGUUUCAAAUCGGACUCUGGCGCCUCCCUCCUCGGCUAGGGGCACACCAUCUGACAGUCCAUCUUUGCAACCAACAAAAUUGAGAAAUAAUUCCUCCAAAAAGUUUAAACUAGUAAUUGCGGGAGUGAUUGCAAUUGGCGCAAUCAUUGUUCUUAUUGUCAUUUUUCUAUGUAUUUACUUGCCUAAGAAAAGGAAGGAACCUUCGAAGGCUUCUAGUUCCAUCGUGGUUCAUCCCAAAGAUCCCUCUGAUCCUGAAAAUCUGGUCAAGGUUGCAAUUUCAGAUAAUACCACUGGAAGCUUAUUCACCCAAACUACUACUUCUAUUGGGAGUGAUAGUAGCAAUGCAACCGAAAGCUCUUACAUGAUUGAGGCUGGAAACUUGGUCAUAUCUGUUCAAGUCCUUCGCAAAGUAACCAACAAUUUUUCGCCAGAAAAUGAGGUUGGCCGUGGUGGAUUUGGCACUGUUUACAAGGGUGAAAUGGAAAGUGGGAUACAAAUAGCAGUUAAGAGAAUGGAGGCUAGCCCAACGAGCAGUAAGGCAUCGGAUGAAUUUCAGGCUGAAAUCGCUGCUCUUUCAAAGGUCCGCCACCGACAUCUGGUAUCUCUUUUUGGUUAUUCCAUCGAAGGUAAUGAGAGGCUUUUGGUUUAUGAGUACAUGCCCCAGGGUGCUCUAAGCAGACAUCUUUUCCACUGGAAGACCCUGAAAUUGCAGCCCCUGCCUUGGACAACAAGGCUUACCAUUGCUUUAGAUGUCGCAAGAGCCAUGGAGUAUCUUCAUAGUCUUGCCCGCCAAACGUUUAUACACAGAGAUCUUAAGUCGUCUAACAUUCUUCUGGAUGAUAAAUUUCGGGCAAAAGUUUCUGAUUUUGGAUUGGUGAAACUUGCUCCUGAUGGACAGAGAUCUGUUGUGACUAGGCUUGCUGGAACAUUUGGAUACCUUGCACCUGAAUAUGCUGUAAUGGGGAAGAUAACAACUAAAGCCGAUGUCUACAGCUACGGAGUAGUGUUAAUGGAACUCUUGACAGGACUUACAGCUCUUGAUGAGCGUCGCUCUGAGGAAAGCCGUCACUUGGCGGAGUGGUUUUGGCGAAUCAGAUCAAGCAAAGAGAAGCUUAAAGCCGCCAUCGAUCCUCCACUUGACACCACUGAGGAAACUCUUGAAAGCAUCUCCAUUAUAGCUGAACUGGCCGGGCAUUGCACUGCAAGGGAACCUAACCACCGGCCUGAUAUGUGUCAUGCGGUGAAUGUGCUUUCCCCACUGGUUGAGGAAUGGAAACCUACCGUUGAUGAAUCAGACAAUAGUUUCGGCAAUGACAGUAGCCCACCCCUCCUCCAGAUGUUAAAGGCGUGGAAAGAAUCAGAAAGUUCAACCGUCAGCUAUAACAGUCUUAGCGACAACAGCAAGGGAAGUAUUCCAGAGAGGCCGGCUGGCUUGGCAGACUCCUUCAAUUCUGCCGAUGCCCGAUAAAUAAAGGAAACAUUAGAGCCAUGAUGGUUCCAGUACAAGUUGUAUCUUUAUGAUUUUGUGUCAAUAGAUCUCCUUUGUUAUUCUACAUAGAAGAAUACAUCUCCUCCAAUGGUUAUCCAUAUAACUGAACAUAGUUUUCAAACAA